GGAGAGAGUGCCAGAAUGAUAUCCUGUCAUGCUGGGAUUCCCUUCUACUUCCAGCUAGAAGCAUGCCUGCAUGACAGCAAUAGCAAUAACAAUGAAUAAUUUUUAAAAAAAUCCAUGUAAUGCAGAACUCUGCUGGAGAGCUGUAAUGUAAGGCAAGGGGCUGGAUUUGAUUAACGUGAUGAAAUUACACAAGCUUCUCCUCUCUCCCUCAGUGCCUGCCGAGCAGCAUCUCUCUCUCUCCUCAUCCCUCUGCUCCCUCUCUUCUUGCUCUGCAGCAGAGCUGGGGCGGGCAGUGCAGUGAGGUAGGGUAGGCAGCCAGCCCUCCACUUUCCUCUCUGCCCUGGGCUCCCAGGAUCCCGGGAUCCCCCCCUGGGCUGCAUCAUUGACAUGCAGCACCCAGCAGGGCUGCAUCACUGCUAGAGAUGCUGGCACGGAGCCUCCCGCUGCGCUACGCAGCAAACAGGAUCGGCUGCAACUUGGGGUGCCCAAGGACAUGACCUUCACCUCCAUGAUGAAUCAGGACAAACCUGUCAAGUCCUCCUAGCUCCCCGGCUGUGCCAUUUGCUGUUCCCUUGCUGUUCACCAGACAGCAGCCCCAGCUCUUCCUACCCAAAGCAAGGAAGAAGCCAGCAAACCACACAUGACAGCUGAAAAGUGAAGCAUUAUCAAAAGCUGUGUGAGACUGUCAGAGAGAAACUUUAUAUAGUAAUUCUCCUUCUGAGCCUGGGAAGCCGUGCAUCACAUUAGUUACAAGGGAAAAAGAGAAGAAAUGCUCAAGUAACUGAGACCUGAAAUUGCACAAAUCAAUACAUACAUUUGAAUAACUACAUACAGUGUUCAGAAAUCUGCAUUCACAAUGGAUGAUGGAUACAGAAACACAAACCUCUAUCAAGGGGGAAGGGAGACAAACCAAGUCUCAGAUGAUUACAGGUACCAGGAUGGUAACUACGAGGGGUACGCACCCAAUGAUGGCUACUACCGUGGUGGGGAUGAACCCACUCAUGAAGAAGAUGCCCAGAGUGAUGUUACAGAAGGCCAUGAUGAAGAUGAUGAGGUCUAUGAGGGGGAAUACCAAGGAAUCCCGCACCCGGAUGACAUUAAAGCCAAGCAGAAGAAGCGAGCUCCUGCCAUGGAUGAUGAGUACAGAGACCGUGCUGACCUUAUGGCAGAGAGGAUGGAGGAUGAGGAGCAGCUUGCCCACCAGUAUGAAAACAUCAUUGAGGAGUGUGGCCACGGACGCUUCCAGUGGACCCUCUUCUUUGUUUUAGGGUUGGCGCUGAUGGCAGACGGGGUGGAGCUGUUUGUGGUUGGAUUUGUUCUGCCCAGUGCUGAGAAGGAUAUGUGCUUAUCCAGUUCAAACAAAGGCAUGCUAGGCCUGAUAGUCUACCUGGGAAUGAUGGUGGGGGCUGUCAUGCUGGGUGGCCUCGCUGAUAAACUGGGAAGAAAGAAAUGCCUCAUCAUAUCACUUGCAAUCAAUGCUGCCUUCGCUUUCCUGUCCUCUUUUGUCCAGGGAUACGGAUUCUUCCUUUUCUGCCGCCUUAUCUCAGGCCUCGGUAUUGGGGGAUCCCUCCCCAUCGUGUUUGCCUAUUUCUCUGAAUUCCUGUCUCGUGAGAAGAGGGGUGAGCACCUGAGCUGGCUGUGCAUGUUCUGGAUGAUCGGUGGUAUUUUUGCUUCAGCAAUGGCGUGGAGCAUCAUCCCACAUUACGGCUGGGGGUUCAGUAUGGGAACCAAGUACCACUUCCACAGCUGGAGAGUCUUUGUUCUGGUCUGCUCCCUGCCCUGUAUCGCCUCCUUGGUAGCACUGAAGUUCAUGCCUGAAAGCCCGCGGUUCUUGCUGGAGAUGGGUAAGCAUGAUGAAGCCUGGAUGAUCCUCAAGCAAGUUCAUGACACCAACAUGCGGGCCAAGGGUGAGCCAGAGAGAGUGUUUACGGUUUCUUAUAUCAAAACUCCAAAGCAAGUUGAUGAAUUCAUUGAAAUUCAAAGCUCAACAGGGACUUGGUACCAGCGGUGGCUGGUCAGAAUCACAACCACCUUCAAACAGGUCUGGGACAACGUGCUAUAUUGUUUAACAGCCCAGUACAGGAUGAACACGCUGAUGCUGGCUGUGGUUUGGUUUACUAUGGCCUUAAGUUACUAUGGCCUUAUUGUCUGGUUCCCUGACAUGAUCCGCUAUCUCCAAGAAGAGGCCUAUGAGUCCCGAGUGAAGGUCUUUGAUGAGGAAGAAGUGUCACACUUCACCUUUAAUUUCACCCUGGAAAACCAGAUCCAUAGAAACGGGGAAUACAGAAAUGAUAAAUUUAUUGGCAUGAAAUUCAAGGAGGUGAGAUUUGAGGAUUCGCUAUUUGAAGAAUGCUACUUUGAGGACGUGACAUCCAGUGAAACCUUCUUUGAAAACUGCACCAUCAUCUCUACUGUCUUUUACAACACUGAUCUCUAUGAACACAAAUUCAUCAACUGCAGGCUGAUAAACACCACGUUCAUGAAGGAGAAGGAAGGCUGCCAUCUGGACUUUGAGGAGGACAAUGAUUUCUUGAUCUACUUAGUCAGCUUCCUUGGCAGCCUGUCUGUGCUGCCGGGAAACAUCAUCUCUGCACUGCUUAUGGACAAAAUAGGGAGGAUAAAGAUGAUCGGUGGCUCAAUGCUGAUCUCUGCAGUGUGCUGCUUCUUUCUCUUCUUUGGCAACAGCGAAUCGGCGAUGAUCGGCUGGCAGUGCCUCUUCUGCGGGGCCAGCAUCGCUGCCUGGAACGCCCUGGACGUGAUCACUGUAGAGCUCUACCCCACGGACAAAAGGGCAACAGCCUUUGGCAUUCUCAAUGGGCUUUGCAAGUUUGGUGCCAUCCUGGGGAACUCAAUCUUUGCCUCCUUUGUAGGGAUAACCAAGGUGGUUCCCAUCCUUCUGGCUUCCUCUGCUCUGGUUGGAGGUGGCCUGCUCGCUUUGCGCCUCCCAGAGACUCGAGACCAGGUCCUGAUGUGAGCAACUGAGGCCAGGGGGGUCAGGGGUGAACAUGGAAGGAGAACUAAAAAGAGCCAUGUUUGGAAAAAUCAAAAUGUCCUUUUCUAUCUACUGUUUUGUCGAUACCUCAAAGAGAGGAGGCAGAGAGGGCAAGAAGAGCCCAAAGGGAUAAAAAAUGAAGC